ACGGCCCAUUGCUUCCCCGGAGCCGUGAGCCUCCGAGCUCGGGAGCGGAGGGUCUGGGCGGUCCGGGGCCUCGUCUAGGGAGGUCGCUGGCCUGGACUGAGCAGCACUUAGGAGACGCGGUUCAACCGAAGCCACCAUGGGGCCGACCGCCGCCGGGCCCGUGCGCCUGCUGGAGCUGUGUGACCAGAAGCUCAUGGAGUUUGUGUGCAACGUGGACAACAGGCACUUGGUGUGGCUCGAGGAGAUCGAGGAGGAGGCCAAGCGCAUGUUCACCAGAGAAUUCAGCAAAGAGCCUGAGCUGAUGCCCAAAACGCCUUCUCAGAAGAACCGACGGAGAAAGAAACGGAUUUCAUAUGUUCAGGAUGAGAACAGAGACCCCGUCCGGAAAAGGUUGUCCCGCAGGAAGUCUGCGAGCCGCGAGGACAAGGUGGAGCAGCUGGCCACGGGGGCCGGGGAGAACGGCGCCGUCAUGCGGCGGGUGACUCGGGCGGCGGCGGCGGCCGCGGCGGCGGCCAUCGUGGCUUCUGCUUCGCCCAGCCCCGGGUCUCCCACCCUGCUGACCAGGACGCCCAAGAUCGUGCCCAGGGUGGAGAUAGGCGCCAGCGAGCGCCACAGAGCGGAGCAGCACGCCAGCCAGCUCGUUUCCGCCCGGGCCCCGUCCCCAGCCCCGGCCCCGGCCUCCCACGUCGUCAUGCUCUCAGAUGAGGAAUCGACACCCCAGAAGUCAGAGGCCGGGAGACCGGAGUCGGUCGCCGUGAGCUCUCUGAUGGCUACACCCCAGGACCCCAAGGGCCGAGGGGUCAACGCGGGCCGGUCUGUCUCCAAGCUCAGGAUUGCACGGACCUCGCCAACCUCCCCGUGGCAGGAGCGGGUGCUGGCGCCCAUCCUGCCGGAUAACUUGUCCACCCCCAAGGAGGCCCGCGGGGACCGGCGGUCAGUGCGGCGCAGCCUGAUGGCCCCGUCCUCCCCGGGCCCCCAGAACCCUCUGGCCCAGAAGUUCUCCCUGGUGGACCAACCGAGGAGCGCCGUCCGCAGGUCCAACAGACUCGCCCAGAAUGCCGCCAAGGAGCCGGCCGCCUCUGCCCGCAUCAUCUGUCACAGUUACCUGGAGAGACUCCUAAAUGUUGAGGUGCCCCAGAAAGUCAGCCCCGAGGAGGAGCCCAGCAAGGAGGCUGAGCCUGUGGUGGAGGCUGAGCCGGAGGUCCCCAAGACUGUCACUAGCACGCCCGGCUCGCAGCCUGCGGCCGGUGGCCAGGACACGCCCUCCGGGGGGCACCGAGAGGCCAAGACCCCCCAGACAGCGGGCCCCGCAGAGCCGCCGCAGAGCGCCAGGAGGAAGCGCAGCUACAAGCAGGCUGUGAGUGAGCCGGACGAGGAGCAGCAGCUGGACGAGGAGGAGCUGCAGCCCCCGCAGAGCAAGACCCCUUCCCCGCCCUGUCCGGCCAGCAAGGCCGUGCGGCCGCUCCGGACCUUCCUGCACACCGUGCAGAGGAACCAGAUGCUCAUGACCCCGGCCUCCGCCUGCCGCAGCAGCGUCAUGAAAUCCUUCAUUAAGCGCAACACUCCCCUGCGCGUGGACCCGAAGGAGAAGGAGCGGCAGCGCCUGGAGCAGCUGCGGCGGAAGGAGGAGGCCGAGCAGCUCCGCAGGCAGAAGGUGGAGGAGGCCAAGCGGCAGCGGCUGGAGGAGGUGAAGCUGAAGCGGGAGGAGCGCCUGCGCAAGGUGCUGCAGGCCCGGGAGCGGGUGGAGCUGAUGAAGGAGGAGAAGAAGAAGCAGAUUGAGCAGAAGUUUGCUCAGCUGGAUGAGAAGACCGAGAAGGCCAAGGAGGAGCGGUUGGCGGAGGAGAAGGCCAAGAAGAAGGCGGCGGCCAAGAAGCUGGAGGAGAUGGAGGCUCGCAGGAAGCAGGAGGAGGAGGCGCGGAGGCUCAGGAGGCUGCAGCAGGAGGAGGAGGAAGAGCGGCGACACCAAGAGCUGCUGCAAAAGAAGAAGAAGGAGGAGGAGGAGGAGCAGGAGCGGCUGCGGAAGGCGGCCGAGGCCAAGAGGCUGGCGGAGCAGCGGGAGCAGGAGCGGCGGAGGGAGCAGGAGCGGCUCCAGGCCGAGAGGGAGCAGCAGGAGAGGGAGAAGGCCCUGCGGCUGCAGAGGGAGAGGCUGCAGAGGGAGCUGGAGGAGAAGAAGAAAAAGGAAGAGCAGCAGCGUCUGCAGGAGGAGCAGGAGAAGAAAGCCAGGGAGGCUGCCGCGGCCAGCAAGAGCCUGAACACGACCGUGGACGUGCAGUCUCCAGCUUGUACCUCCUAUCAAAUGACGCCACAGGGGCACAGGGCUCCCCCCAAGAUCAACCCGGAUAACUACGGGAUGGACCUGAACAGCGACGACUCCACCGACGACGAGUCGCAUCCCCGGAAGCCCAUCCCCUCCUGGGCCCGAGGCGCCCAGCUCAGCCAGGCCAUCCUCCACCAGUACUACCACCCGCCGAGCCUGCUGGAGCUCUUCGGCGCCAUCCGCCCGCUGGACCUGGAGGACAUCUUCAAGAAGAGCAAGCCGCGCUACCACAAGCGCACCAGCUCCGCCGUCUGGAACUCGCCGCCCCUGCAGGGCCCCAGGGUCCCCAGCGGCCUGGCCUGCAGCCUGAAGAAGUUCUGAGCAGGCCGCUCGUCUGUCUGUCUGUCAUCUCUCCGUCCUCCUGUGCCCUCCUGCCUGUGUUCUGUCCCCGAGGGUGGUUCUGUAUGUUCUGUGAAUGUUCUGGUGGCCCCGGCGGUGUGGAGGCUGCACGCGGCGUGAGUUUGCGGGAGUCCCGGCCCGGCCCGGCCCGGCCCCCGUGGCCCGCAGGCAGCACUCUGUAACUAGGCUGCAGUAUUUAGCCCGGACGCUUUAACAGGGAGAUUAAUAAAGUUCGUUCCUUUAA